CCUUCUCUGGAGUCCUUUAUCCAAGCAUCAAUUACAGAGGAAGGCAGAGAGCUACAUUUUCCCGGACUGGCGGUAACUUCGAGACUCAAAGAUGCUUGUCAACCCCUCACUGAUGUGAGCAAGGCGAAAAUACCAGCAAACAAGAUCGCUCUCGUCAUCCUUCAACUGGAAAAUGAAACUACUUGUCCACUGCAAGACUUGGCGCUAGAAGCUCAGAGAGCAGGGUAUUCUGUUCUUAUAUACUUCGGUUACUCUGCCAAAACAACCGCAAUACAUGUGCGAAGUAAAGAGAUAUUAUUGAUCCCGGUUUUAGAAGUUGAGGCUAAGAUCUAUGAUGCUCAGUGUGCGUUUUUGUUCCCAAAAGCAAAUAGAACAGAUACAAACAAUGCGGAAAUCAGCAUACAGGCUGACAGACAGACAGACAAAGAACUGAAAGCAAUGAAUUCUUACUUUGACAAAUUUUACUACUGGUUUCUUGUGGGGCCAAUCAUCACACUCGUGUGGAUGAUACGGACAAAGAAAUUCUGUUGGCAUUCCGGACGGCAUGAAAGAAGUGAAAAUCCAUUAGAGCCGGAAGCGGAGAACCAAGUCGAGACUGAUGCUGAAAGAGAAAUUCGAACAAUGGAGGAAGGCGAGAACAGAACUGGGGAGCCAGUACAGGUAUUAGCAUGCCGAGAAAAACCUACUGAAGAACAACCCCUACUAAGUGCCGUAAGUAAUGACUCUCGUGAUAACAGAUGUCGUCCUCAAGGAAGUGGUUCUGUUGAACACUACAGUGUUUGUUACGAAGCAGCGAUAAGCUUUGGUUAUCUGAUUCUUAUUUUAGCAGCUCUCCCAAUAGGUUUGUCUUUUGGAGGACUAUCCUUUUUUAGAUUUGAUGAUGGAGACAAUAUUAUCGGUCCUCUUUGGUGGUCACCUUUUCAGAUACUUUGCUUUUUCUUGUACAGCCACCUUGCCUGUAGAAAUAAACGGAGAUGGACAUGGACUAUUUCCACAACAUUUUCAAAAUUAAUCCGAAAUGAC